AUGAAUAACCUGUUCAUACUGAAUGAUGGGAAAACUCCCACUUUCUCGAGAGGAGCGCUCCAGUCCUUCAUAGACAUCAGCCUGACGAACAGACCGGAUCUCGUUGAGCACUGGAGCGUUAAAGAAUUAACGGAAAUGAUUAGUGACCACAAUGCGAUAGAGAUAAGCUUCACCACACAGAAGCUUACAUCAGAAGUACACGAGCUCCCCCAGAGAAGAUGGCGAGCGAAAGACAUGAGCCGACCGGGAUUCACAUCGAAACUCGACGCUGUAUGCCGGGCGGCCUGGGAGGAAAGUACGACCACGGACGCGAAAUUUGUAUCAGAUCUACUCGUCGAUGCCUGCAACGCUUCGAACCCUCAUAUCUCAAACCGGAUCAGAGGAAGGAAAAUGGUGUACUGGUGGACGAAAGACAUAGGCGAAGCCAGGAAGCGAUGUCAUCGCGCAAGACGACUUUACGUCCGCUCGCGGAAAAGAGCGCAACAGAACCCGGACAGAGUCGAAAUUCUCAGGAUAGCCUACAAGGCCGCUCGAGAUAGCUAUCAUAGCGAAAUUCUCAAAAGCAAGCGGCAGAAGUGGGAGGAGCUAUGUGAUUCGGUCAAGAAGGACGUAUGGGGAAUGCCGUACAAGAUGAUACGCGAGAAGCUCAGCAAGAGAAGGCUUAAGAUCCCCAGGGAAAAGAUGGACAGAGCAAUACAGGAAUAUAUUCCCGAAGGGGGAACCCCUAGAAAAAAUCGAAUACCGGAUCGACGCGACUCAAAUCCCGAAAACGUCGGCACAAGAAGUAAGAGCUGCCGCGGAGAGGCUCGCAAAUGGCAAGGCUGUUGA